CACACGCUUCCCGUUUCGGUUCCGGUUUGGGUUUCGGGUUUGGGUUUCGGGUUUGGGUUCGGACACUAUUAAAAGGCAUACACCAACAGCUACGAAACUUUACUCUCUCUUUCUCUCUCUCUAUCUGUCUCCGUCUGAGAAGAGAAUCGGCCAUGGCUGAGCAGCAGAGCUUCAAAGCUCCCGAAGCAGAGAACACAAAGACGACAAACGAACAAGUGGAAGAGGAAGAGGAGCCGGAGGAAGACGAUGAAGAUGAAUUGGAAGGUGGUGAUGAAGAUGAUGAGGAAGAAGCAGAAGAAGAGGAGGUAGGAGGAGAUGGAGGAGGUGAAUUGCAAGUCGGUGAGUUUCAGAGCUCUGAACAGCUGGUCGAAGUGGAGGUAAAACAGUCCGCAGUAGAAACCCUAGCGGUGCCAUCCUCGGAGGACGAUCAGCGAGCUGUUUUGCUGAUGAAUUCUACUUCACAGUCUAACGCUGGCGCUCAAUUUGAAGAGCAAGUUACGGAACCGCAGCCUGAAGUUUUGGCAAGUGUCGCGCCUCAGGAUGCUAGGGCCAAGACAGAAAAUCGGCAGCAGUUCUCUGCAUGUCCAGCUCCUUUGUCAGAACUAUCCCCAACUUCUGUUACCCAAUCCAUUUCAGCUGCUCCAAGUCCAACCCUACUUGAACAAAGAUUAUCACCUCCAAAGGUCACUGGUUCAUGUAUGCUAGAGGCAGACCAGCAUAAUUCUUUGGAUGUUAAAACUCUACCUUCUAUUCCAGUAUUGAAGUCAGCUGCUUCUGAUGGUUACAACUGGCGGAAAUAUGGUCAGAAGCAAGUGAAGAGUCCUAAAGGUUCCAGAAGCUACUAUAAAUGUACAUAUUCUGAAUGUUUUGCUAAGAAGAUUGAAUGCUGUGAUCAUUCAGGACAUGUAACAGAAAUUGUUUAUAAGAACCAGCAUACUCAUGAUCCCCCUAGAAAGAGUAAUUGUACAAGGGAAAGUAAGCUUUCAUUGGCAACUGAGCGUGUAUUGGGGAAUAAUGUUACAGAACAUCAACAGUCCAGCAGAACUCUUAAUGAUUCAGAUCCAUCCACAUCAUCAAAAGAACUAACACAUGAAACUCUUCCACUUCCUGAAAGAAAACGACAGAAUUCAAUCACCCCUGAGGAAAAUGGUGAUAUUAAGGUCAAGGAGGAGCACGGCAAUGAACCAGAGCCAAAACGAAGAAUGAAGAAAAGCAACGUAGAAUAUCCAGGUUCUCUCUUGAAACCUGGCAAGAAACCUAAAUUCGUUGUGCAUGCAGCUGGUGAUGUGGGAAUCUCAGGUGAUGGAUACAGAUGGCGCAAAUAUGGACAAAAAAUGGUGAAAGGAAAUCCUCAUCCCAGAAACUACUAUAGAUGCACUUCUGCUGGAUGUCCUGUUAGGAAGCACAUUGAAACAGCCGUGGAUAACACAAAUGCUGUUGUUAUAACAUACAAGGGGAUUCAUGAUCAUGACAUGCCUGUGCCAAAGAAGCGACAUGGUCCUCCAAGUGCUCCUCUUGUUGCUGCUGCUGCACCUGCUUCCAUGAGCAAUUUGCAGUUAAAAAAAACCGAAACACACCAAAACCAAACAUCUUCGACACAGUGGUCAGUCGACAAUGAGGGAGAAUUGACCGGUGAAGCCUUAGACCUUGGAGGUGAGAAGGCCAUGGAAUCAGCUCGAACGCUACUGAGCAUAGGAUUUGAAAUCAAGCCUUGUUGAAAGCUCCUUUUAUGCCUAGGCAUGAUUGUUGAAAGGCCUCUUAGAAAAUUAUGAAGCUGUAUACAUAUAAAUUAUCUGAUUGGCAGGUUUGGUUUCCAUUUUCUUUUUUUUUUUUCUUUUUUAAUUUUUGUCCUUUCUUCUCUAUUUUCCUGUUUGUUUUUAAUUUAUUUAUUUUCCCUUUUUGGCUGUAGUUUCUCAGUCCGUAGUCGUGUAUAUUUGGUAUUGUCUUGCAACUUGUUUGGAAUAGGGCUGUUGUAGUUGCGCAAUAUAGAAUCGGGUUGUAACUUUUUUGGUCGAUUUAAUGUCGAGGCUGGCACUCUUUAACACA